CUCUGCGGGGUCUGGGUCUGGAGCGGAGCGCGCAGAGCCUGCCGAGGCCGCCACGCCGGGGCCACGCUGAGGUCGGCGGCGCCGCGGGGUCCGGGGAGCCUGCUCGCUGCUCCGUCCGCUCCCGGCCAGCUGUGCAGGCGGCUGGAGCCGCAGCGGCGGCAGCAACAGCAGCAGCCCCGGCAGGAGUAGCAGCGAGGACUCGAGCGCGGGCGGCAGCGGCGACACCAUGGAUCUGUCCUUUAUGGCCGCGCAGCUGCCCAUGAUGGGAGGCGCCUUCAUGGACUCGCCCAACGAGGACUUCAGCACGGAGUACUCCCUCUUUAACUCCUCCACCAACGUCCAUGCGGCCUCCAACGGCCAGGGCCAGCUGGAGGAGCCUCCGCGGUCCUCCAACGACGCGGUCUUGCUCUGGAUUGCCAUCAUAGCGACACUGGGGAACAUUGUGGUGGUUGGGGUGGUGUAUGCCUUCACCUUCUGAGGUUCAGGGCGCCCGCGAGCUCCAGGCCGGCUCAGGCGUGCUGGGCUCACAGCCUCGGGGCACCGGCACUGUUGGCCUUUGGCUCUGCCCACCUCCUGGAACCAGGAAUUCUGACCACGCGCCCACGGCCUCUCCAGGGGCAGCGACCGGGCAUCAGGAAUUCCCCCAAGCAGCCCUGAUUUCCAGUGUUCUGUGCUGAGGUCAAGCUGAUCCAGAAAACAUGGGAGUGUGAGCUUCCAGCCCCUGGUGGCGUGAUGGGGCCAAGCCUUGGUGAGGAGCAAAUUGGGGAAUUUUGAAACUGUAUUCCAAGAACGUAAGACGAGAGGAAACAGCCGGAUAGGUGUGAAAUAUGGACGUGGUGGGACGAUCGCUUCCUGGCAGUAAAUAAUCACGUAUGUGUCUUGUUUUUAUGCCAACUUACCACACCUCGGGUGUGGGGUGCUGGGCAAGAGCAGCGCUCAAAACUGGAGUGUUCCCAGCCCAGCCUUGGUCUCCCACUCAGCCCUUUGGAAUGCGGUGGUGGUGACCUGGGCCAUAGAAUGUUCCUCGUUUGACUUGGACAGGGCACCUUUGUCACCAGACACUUGGCCCCUUUUGAGACCCAGGUGCAUCAGGAAAUCCAAGGACAGGGGGAUGACUGUGACGCGGUGAGAUGUCCAUGGGUGGGGGGUUCUCUGCCGGACAGAGAGAAGCAGCACCUUUAAACCGUAGAUCUGCCGGUGGUCAGGUCUUCAGACCAGCCGCCGGAAGAUGCUCUUUCCUCUCCGAGAAAUCUCGGGAUUUAGAGAUGACAGGCUCACGCCCACCUGAUCUUCUGACAGCUGGGAGAGAGAGGCACGAUUUGCCCGGGAUCACAGGGCAGGAGGGAUGUUUCCUGACUCAGCCUGGGGCUCUCUCGGCCGGCCGGAUGAAGCACUCUCUUAAGCAAAUCCCUGCUUCUCAGCUGCUUUCGGGGAGAAUGCCCAGAGGGUCUGGAAGCUGUGUGCCAGGGGUGGGAGUGGGGGCAGCGGGGCGGGGGGCAGGGUGCUCAGACACCUGCAUUUUACACCGGGUCUGGCUCCCGUGUUCUCUUGCAGGCGUGAAUGUGCUCUGUCCGAGUCAACCUCCUUAACCGUCCUCCGAGUCAGUGGCUGGGGGUCUGGCAAGGAAGGGAGCCUUCCGUGCAGACCAGCACAGGAUGGGACACACUGGGAGAGAGGGGUAGCAUGGAGAAGGACUCACUCUUCUGUCCUUAGGAAAGGCACCUGCAUGGUACCCCCCCUUCCCCAGAUAGCUCCCCUGUGCCGAGCAGAGUGGGAGAGGCUCACAGACACGCUCCCUCGCUUGCAGGCCAGGAGUGGCUAUCUCCUUGCUUUCUCCCCGUGCUGUGCAAAAGAACAUAAGUGGUCUAAACUUCCCCUCUGUGGUGGGGAAACUUAAAAAGACUGGGUGGGAAGCCCUGGUGCCGUUUGGGGACAAUUGCAAAAAGGCUGAUUGUGUCCCCGUGGUCUCAGGAGACAUGGCUGUUCCUGAUGACAGGCAAGGGGACAUCUUCAUUGUCCAGAGGCAGCCACUCGUCUGCGAGGUUGGCGCUGAGCUGCUGUGAUAACAGGAUUACCAGCCCGACCUCCAGACAGUGUCCGCAGACGGCCGCCAGCUCCUAUCAGCCACAUCUGUCUGUGCGGCCAUGCGUAAACCCACGAAGGCUUUGGCUCAAGUGGAGGUGGCGAGUGCAGAGCGGGCGUGACCUUCGCAGAGAGGGAGAAGGGAUGGGGGACCUUCUGCCUGGGAUCCUUCUGGAAUCACUGACAGGGCCGUGCUCUCAGCAGGACCAGGUCAGGGGGGCUGGGCUAGGGGGUCAGCCGUUGCACACCCAUCAUCCCAGCUGCUUCUUGAGCAAACGCUUCCCGGUCUCAAGCCCCCAUGCGUGCCCCAUGAGCAGGGGCUUUCUGAGACAGGUGUCUUCCUGAGAACCCAAGGAGGAGGUCCAGAGCCGGGGUGGGGAGGAGCCAAGGCGCUGCUUGGUGUCUUGGGGGGUCGGGGGUCACUACAGCCCAGAUAUUCUGAGUCCUUACCUUCUGACCCCACAUCCCCAAAGGAGCCCCGUAGAGAGGCAGGUGGCGGCUCCUGUUCUCCAAUGGCCUGUGGCGAUGGCAGUGGGAGCUCUAGAAGAUUCUGUGUGCUGUGACUGGGGAGGAGCAGAGCGUGUGGUCCCCGCUCUGAGUAUCUAGGGAAGCCCUGGCAGGCCAGGGGUUCUCUGGAUAAUUAUGGGCACGGGGGUCUCCCCCCGAAGGCUUUCUUUUCCCCUGGUGUAAAUGCCAGUUAAAUUCAACUUUCAAGGAUUUCUCCCUCUUCAGUUAGGGCCACAGACACAGCCUAGAGCCUAGGGGCCAUCUUGUCCAAAGUCUGCAUUCGGGGUCACUCCAUCCCAGUCUCCUAUGAUGUUUGGAUCUGGUUUUUUCCACCAUUACUUAGGUAACAACAAGGAUAGAUGUGCACGUGAACGUCCAAUGAAGGGUAAAGGGCAGAUUUCCAGCCAGAGGGUGUGCUGUGCUGUCCCUCCUGCUGUACUCAGCUGGGCCCUUGGAUGUUAGGUAACGGGCAGGAGGCACCGUCCGAGCAUUGUGUCCAGGCACCGUGCUAGACCCCCAUGCACCUGUUUUAUCUGUACGAUCACCUUACAGCAUCGUUGCUCCAAUACAUAUGGAACCAGAAGCUCAGAGGAGCAGAGCAACUUGCCCGAGGCCACACAGCAUGAAAGUGACAAGCUGGGAUUUGAGGCUGGACCCUUGGGCUGUACAGCCAGCCUCUUUCCACCACACCACACUGCCUUCAGUGGCUGGGGUGCCACCUCCAGGGCACAUUUAAGCCAGGCUCUGGGUCUACAGAGGCUGUUCCCCAAGGUCCUGUGUCGUGGUGUGGCCCGGGGCCGGCUCUGGCUUCCUCCACAAGCCAAAGUCUGACUGUCCUCAGAAUGGGGCACACUCGUCCCCCUGCCCAUUGCCCUCUCUCUGUCCAAGCUUCAGGGACGGUGGUCCCUGUCAUUUGCCCCUCUCUUUAAAGCUGAGCACAGGUGUUUUUGUCUGGCCAGAGGCGUGACCAGAGAGCAGCUUUCCUGGGACACAUGCAGAAGGACCCUGGCCAAGACCUGGAGCCCAGCCAAGGGGCCCACACAAGGACUUAGGCUCAUGCAGCCAUAACUGCAAGGAAAGUCGGGACGGUCCGUCUGGUGGGUGAGGCUCCAGCCCAGCUCAGGCCCCCUGCUGAGCCCCACGACUCUCCUGAGCAGGUGGGACCGAGGUUCCUCUCUCAGACCCCAGCCUGGGGCUCCCAUCAGGCUUCUCCUGGGUGCGGUUGGCUCCGGAGCCCACCUUGACUUAAUGAGCCAGCGCUGGGAAAGAAGGGGCUUGCCUCUUCGGUGGCUGCUCUUCAGAGAAGGGGUCCUGCACUUGCUAGAAUGUUCUCCAUGCUUGGCCCUCCACAUGCCUCCCCAUCUUCCCUCAACAAGCCAUAGGUGCCCCAUACCCGUGUUUGUCUGCAUGUGGGACACUUCACUGAACAGAGCAACACGUGUUUGAGGAGGGCAGUCACCGGAGCUUUGGAGGAGAGCCUGGAGGACACCUCAGCCAGCUGUGUUCCGAGGGGGUGCCGCCUCCCAUGUGGGCCUGGGCGAGAUGACCAUGCUGCUGUCCCUCCCUUUUCCUGAGAUCCAGGUCAAGAGGCAGAUGAGAUUCCCCUGGUCUCCCUCCCCUCCAGAGAGAGGCAAUUUGCCUCCUUUGAGGAGAUCCCUGGGAUCAGAGGGAGAAAGUUAGGGAGGGCAGGCUAGGACCACUUGGCUGGAGAGGCAACAGGCCGGUGUCCAGCUUGUUCUAAAUGGAAGACCUGGAUGCCGGCCAGACCACUAGCAUAUGUUGGAAUCCCUCCCUGGAGACUGGAGAGACUCGGCAGUCGUCUGCUCUGCUGCCUGCUUCCUUUCAGACAAGUGCUCCUGUCCUUCUUCAGGAGCGUGACCUUCUUUCAUCAUUAGCAGUGAUAGCAUUAAUAAUAAGUAUCCUUACUGUUGUCAUUUAUCAUGCAUCUUCCUUGUGCUGUGCUCUGUUCAUAUCCCAUUUAUUUCUCAACUCACCCCUCGGAGGCAGAAGUGAGGUGUGGAGAAGGGCACGUUAAUUAUUGUCCCAUUUUUCUGCUGAGAAAACUGAGGCCAGGCCAGUGGGCCUGAGAACCUGCAACUAGAGAGCUGUGGUUAAGAUCCACCUCCGCUGGCUCUCCAGGCUGGAUGGCUACCCUAUGUCUCCGUGCGUGCACACUGUCCACAGUGAGCCCUCUGGAACGGACCCUCUCAGAACAGGGACUCUGAGGCUGGAGCUGUUUGGGUCCUGGAUCGUGGAGUUCAAGUGUGGGUCCCGGAAGUCGGGCAGGAGCAGUGCACUGGUGUUUAGCAGUCUGAGAACCUCACAGCGGUAAAGAGGCAUUAGAGAGCCUCCAGUUAGAACCUGCAAUAUUGGGGAGGGCAAAUAGGGCCACACGGGAAAGGAGGGGAGACCGGGCAAGUCUCCAGCUGCCUGGUCCAGGAUAUCAUCUCCCAGCCUGCUGUGCAUUCAUUGGGGGGCACAGAGAUGGCCCUGGAUUACCAGCGCCAGCCCCAGGACAGGCAUCUCACUCCCUGCCAGCUGUCACCCUUUCCCCCCACCCUGCGCCAUGUCCUGGGACCUGCCCUUUGACCAUCCCCAGAGUGAGUCCUAGGUGGGCUGGGCUGCCCUGAUGGGACGACCAAGGAGCUGUGCUCAGGGGGCCAAAGGGAGUGGUCAGAGCUGGAAUGUCCUGUAGUGGCCUGCUGCAUAGGGCCCUGGCCUCCGUCAUUCAGUGACAGGGACAUAGACGGGCUUGCUGAGCUGAGCGCUGAGAACCCAGGGGGACGGAGUUCAUAAUCUCUAAGCAUAAAAACGAGCCUCUCUGAGAAACUCAGGUCAUCAGCAUCAAGCAGUAGCCAGAUGUUCCCAGAAAGUCACUUCUGAGAUGAGACCUUGGCCAUUUUCUUUCCCCUUUUCUGGGGGGAUGUGACAGGGGACAAAAGAGUGCAAACUACAGUGACUGAAGAGAGGACUGAUUCCCCCAGAGUGAGAAGAAGGGUAGCUCUCGUGAGUUAACGGAAUGGUUGAAAGUACUGAAAAUUGAGUACAUCAAUUUUGGAACGUAAGUCUGUGUUGUUCUGAGUCACUGGGAAAGUCAUAGUUUUUUUUUUUUGAUCAGGAGAGAUAAUAAAAGCAGAGGAAGCCCUUGGAGAGACAGGACAGACUGCACGGAACCCAGGCCGCACCCCAUGCCCAUCCUUUGGCCUCGGUGCAGGCUUGCACCUGCCAGGAUCCAUCCAGAAGCUUUAAUGAGUCUCCAUCCUCCACUUUGGGCCUUUUUUUUUUUUUUUGAGAUUCUAUUUAUUUAUUUGAUAGAGACAGCCAGCUAGAGAGGGAACACAAGCAGGGGGAGUGGGAGAGGAAGAAGCAGGCUCACAGCAGAGGAGCCUGAUGUGGGGCUUGAUCCCAGAAUGCUGGGAUCACGCCCUGAGCCGAAGGCAGAUGCUUAAUGACUGCGCCACCCAGGUGCCCCGCCUUUGGGUCUUUUUGCAGCUGACUUCCCGCCUUCCCAGAAGGAGGGCUGAGACCCGUCCUGUCUUGGGAAUUAGUCUGGACAGAUACACAAGGCAUAUUUGCAGGGAUAUUUGUGUGUUGUGGCACUUGGGUUAAUCCAGAGCCCUCAUUCUUCCCUGAGCCCCUCCACGUGGCUAAGCAGCCACCAGCGACCCCAGUGUCUGUCCCACCAAUAUCUUAAGGAACGAGAGAAUCACCACACUUAGGAUUCAAAGCAUUAUCCCAGCAAUCAAGAUGAUUCUGACCAGGGCUCUGCAAGCUGGUAGGAGGGGAGUUUCCAAACUUUUACACUUGAGGGUACAGAGUCUCUGGGAGGUUUUGGGAGUUUGCCAGCUCAGGCAGGCCAGCAGGAGAGCGGGGUCUUGAGCCCAGGCCAUCUAUGUAGCAAUGUUUCUGAACCAUUAAGCCAGUGGUUCUCAACCUUGGAAAAUUCUGUACUUCGGGGGACCUUGGGCAACGUCCGGAGACAAUUUUGGUUUUCACAACUUGUUGGGAGUCAGUGUUCUCCUGGCAUCUAGUGGGUAGAAGCCAGCAAUGCUGCCGCAUGCCCCCCAACAACAAAGAAUUGAUGAUCUGGCCCCAAAACACCAACAGGGCUGAGGUGGGGAAACCCGGCGCUAGACAAUGCUUUCUCUGAACCCAAAACCAUGGGUGUUUUCCAAAGUCCCGCUUUCCCCCAUUUUUGAGUCAUGGAAUAAAUCAGAGCUCCUCCGGGCAACAGCAGUAAUCAUGGGGGCUGCCCCGAGUUCUGAUAAUCGGAGGGCAGUGGUCUGCAGCCUAGCAAGUCCUUUGGGGAUCCACGGACUCUCCAUCCCCACCACCUUGGGCUUUCAAGGGGAGACUGUGCCUGAAUGAUGGAAGCCCUACAAAGUGGAUGGGAAAGCGGGGCUGAACUUGUCCAGGUAACUGUGGUCUUUGGGGCCUGGAGGGACCUGAUCUCUGCCAUGUAUCUGAGCAGCACAGCUGGGGUGGGGGGCGGGCUGGAGUGGGGAGCAGAGGGGAGCUUAGAAGGGAAGAGGAUGGGAGGGGCUGCCUAACAGUCUUUACAAACCUACAUCUUCACCUUGUUUUUGACUCUUUUCCACGUGCCCCACCCCUUUCCCCCCGCUCCCCACCAGCUUGAAGGCAUAGUCACACUUUCUACUCUUUAAAAUUUUACGGAAACCUUACUCUUGUUAGGAGCCGCUCUCCAGAGACCAGUUCUUCAUGCAGAGAGAAUCAGAAACGUUUUUGUGUCUGACGAAUGUUUUCCUAAUCAACUUGUAAGUAGUUUACUGAAUUACAAAAAAGUAUUUUAACUAUUCUUGUAAUCCUUUGCUACUCAAGCCCUCUGGUUUCACGAUGAGAGCAGUAACUUUUACUACAGUGAAAAGGCGAUUUCUUAAUGUAGGGCUUCAGUGCGCUCUUUGAAAAGUAGCUAACCUUGAUGGAUGUAAAAAUGUGGCUGUGGAAUCAUGUCCCUUUGUUAGCACUGUUGCUUUUGUCCUUUUCUAUUAUUAAAAACAGAACUUAACUUUAA